AUGUCAAACAUGAUGAAGAUUUCGUUCGUUACAUUUAUUUUGUUUAUGUUGAUUGGAACAUUAUUGAUCAUCAUUGGUAGACAACAACAACAACAACACAUAGUAAAUGAACCAAUGAAAAAUGAUUCUGAAUCUAAUGAUACAAAAAUUCAUCGUGUACGUCGUGUGGUUGGUGGUGAACCAACACCGAUCGAAUCAUUUCCAUGGACAGUUAUUGUUAUCAACAAAGGUCGCUGUGGUGGAGUUUUAAUCGAUACACAAUGGGUAUUGACAGCCGGUCAUUGUAUUGUCGAUAUAAAUCCAGUUGUAUAUUUUGGUCUUGAUCAUCUUUCAAUGGCAACAAUAUUAAAUAAACGAAAUGUCAUUGAAAUCUAUAAACCAGCUCGAAAUUUAUUUACAACAGCCGAUUUAGCAUUAUUAAAAUUAUCAUUUCCUGUGGAGAUAACAUCACGUUCACAUCCGAUACGAAUGAAUCGAGACCGGCGGACAACAAUAAUGGGAUAUGAAGCAAGAAUGGCUGGAUUUGGUCGUAAUAUUCAACGAAAUCAACGUCUACUAGCCGGAUAUUUUGAUCUACAACCAGUAUUUAUGUUUUCAUCUCGUGAUAUUAUUGGUGCAAGAUCACAAUCACAUUCACCAUGUUAUGGUGAUUCUGGAAGUGGAUUAAUAAUUGAACAUAAUGUUAUACCGUAUUUAGUGGGCAUAACCAGUUCAAUAUUAGCAGCCAGUUGUGAACCAAAUCAUGUUGCAUUAUUUACAGAUGUUUCAUUUUAUUAUAAUUGGAUUAUCAAAAAGAUUGGUAAUGAUCCUGGACAACGACAGCAGCAGCAGCAACAACAACAACAACAACGUCAAAACGAUGAUAUUUUUAAUGAUAUUCCGAAUGAUAAUGAAAAUUAUGAUAAUCAUGAUGAUGUAAAGAAUUUUAUUCGACCACCAUCACCAUCACCACCACCACCACCAUCACUACCAAUGGAUAGAUCACAAGAUUGUUGGCCAAAUAUAUUCAUUCCAUGGAUCAAAUACAAGAUAAUGUUAUGUAAUUCAUGGUUACGAUUUGUUGUUCAUCAUGAUAAUCAUGAUGAACAACAAAAUCUAUUAUUUUCUUAAAUAAUAAUAAUAAUAAUA